AUGAGUCAGAUGUUCACUGGAAAGAGAUUUUCAUGUUUUGUUUACAUACUCAUACAGUUUUGCAUUAUUUCAUUUUUCUGCUGUGAUUUCAUACACAUGUUCCUGCCUACCAUUCUUGUUGGUAAUUUUUUGGAAUUUAGAAAUCUGAGGGGAUUCAAAAUGAACGGAUGGUCCUAUUUGACCAGAUACUGCAGAAAUAAAAUUUGUGUGACAAAUGCCUAUGCAGUCAUACCAUAUAUAAUUCUAGCAGUGUUUCACAAGGUGCUGCUGAUGGUGUUUGCCUCUUCUACAUUGCAGUUUGAUGUGCAUGUUUUUACUGGUGGUGAACCUGCAUCGAUGGAAUGUUUUGUCUUUCAGAAUCUUUUGCCGUAUUACAAUUUUUCAACAGACCUUCUGUUUCCAGUACUUGUAGUCCAAAUGUGCAUCUGCAUAAGAGACAAAAGUAUUACAAUGUGAAUAUUAAAUGCUAUAAUACCAUAAGAUGCUAAUAUGUGUUAAGCUAUUUCUAUUAGGUUCUUAUAUCUGCCUUUAUUCUAAAUAAGAGAGGGAAGCACCGAGUUGUCUUUGCUGCUCUUUGACCUGAAAUAGUAGGCAAGCUUUCACUUCACUUAUAGUUCAUGGGGUUCAGUUUUUAGCAUGAGCAAGUGAAAUAAAAAUAGUAGCAUGCCAGCCUGAAAGCACCUUGUUUGGGAAAGCUAUGUAUAUGCCUGAUGAAACGGCAUCUAGCUACAUUUACAGCAUCAUAAAUACUUUUUUUAUGCCAGCCCUAAGAGAAGGACCAGCAUAUGUUUUUUUCUGUGUGUGUAAAUCGGGAUUAUGUGCGCUCUAGUUGAGAAAGCUGGAAUCUUGAAAACUAUCUGUUAUUUAGGAGCUCAUUAUUGAAAAUAAUUAUUUUCAUACAUUGAGGUAUGUGCAAAUGUUAGACUCACCCUCCUAUAACUGUAUAUUUUGUCAAUAUGCUUUGUACACUGCUGUUGCUGGGAUUGCUGAACCUUAGGUUUCAUGCCUAUCCCAUAGUUCCGCAGUUAAACCUGUCACAUUCUGUUUUCAUAUCCCUCUAAGGUUGGCUAAGGUUUUAUGAUCUGCUGCAGGAAGCACCACACUGACAUGGUCUGUGUGAAAGCAAUUGAUAGCUAAAUGCAGGGUAUAUGACCAAAGUUAGUCUGUGCGAUAGCUAGCCAGGUUGCUUUUGCACUGGUAAGAUAAAUAAAUGCUUCCAAAUCUUAGUUCUGAAUUAGCUUCGUUCAUUGUUCAGAAUUGAUGCUACUUUGUCAUGUUUGAUCAGACAAUUGAAACAAAACUCUUUGUGAACUCGGAUGUCACUGGCUAUUUUUAUUUAUUUCUGUUUUCAGCUAGCCAUGAGGCUGGUCCACAGAUACUGGCUUGGCUUGCUAGCCAACCUUUACUUGAGCUUGCAACAUACAUCCUUCCUCAAAUCCUCUGGCAUGCACAGAGGGCUUUGGGGGGGGAAGAGUAGAGAUCCCCCCUUUAGCCUUAGUAUGGGGAGAAAUACAGCAACCCAUAAUAUAUUUUCCCCCAGCUGUUUCUUGCCUUUUCCAAUUCUCAGCACAAGUGAGAGUUUAGAGAAGUAUAGGCUACUGGGUUUAUUUUCAUCAGAAAACAUGGGAAACUCAUAUUGUGAGUAAUUUGUAUAUACCCAUCUUUUUGCUAAGAGCCAUUUUAAAAAAAAGGAAGACAAUUUUUCUUUACAAAGCUUCCCUGUAGUGGAAUCAUAGGUCCAUAAGUAAAACCAUGCAAUUGCCACAUUGCUUUUACACAUCUAAUAACCUGCUAAGAAUGUUCUUCCUACAUCUUUUGUCAUUCCAUCUUGAAAGGAAAAUAGAAACAUUAUUUCUCGAUUCCCUGGUUGCACCUUGCAUGCUAAGAUUUUUAUGUUUAUUAGAAACAGAAUCAAACCAGUCUAAAGAAAUUGCAUUGAAUCCAGGUUUUACAAGAUUAGCAGGCACCUAUGGAUAUUUCUUUCUUCCCAGUUAACCCAUUGCUACAGAUACCAUGUCACUUUUAACAAGGUAAUGCUUAGCUGCUUUCUUAAGAUUUCAUCUUAAUUGUUUAGAGCAGGGGUGUAAAAAAUGAGUUGGGGGGCCAACUUCUCAGUGAGUAGAUCCUUGGGAACCACAUCCAUUUUUUUAAAAUAAAAAAAAUGUGAAUCCUAGCACAAUUUGUUAAACACCUGCUGCUGAGUCCCCACCCCACAAUUUCAAGUACAGUAUUUCACUGUCUGGUGUAUAUCCCAGACAGGGAGGGGGGGGGAAAGCUAUGAACGAGAAUCUCCUGUCAGAAUCCACUGUCCAAUGGCUCCCUAAUUCAUCUCCCUUGUGUGAGCAUAAUUAAUUUGCUGAGGCCUUUACUUAGCAUGAGAUAAAUUGAAGUGGCAAGCUAGAGCCAUGUCAUCGAUUGAUCUGCUUGUGAGGAAGCAUGCCAGUUUGCCAUUUUUGGCUUCUUGGCUCACAUGGCUGAAGUUCUGUGAAAUAUGAUAGGUGUCCUGUGGGCCAUGUUGGGAACCACAAAAAGGUAUGAUAAGGCCCUCAAGCCUUACGUUUGACACCCCUGCUUUAGAGCCUGCUCUUAAAGCUCCCUGAAAUAUUUUUAAAUGUAACUUUGCAAUAUUUUGUAUGUAUUUUUUUUUCUUUCCUCCCACCUUGGCUGCAAAUUCUCUCAGGUCUCCGCUGGUUCAUCCACCAAGCCAUGGAUGUCGCUCGACUCACAACAGCCCAAUUCACACAGCUACUGGCUCACGGCUUACUCAGAACUUCUCUGUGUCUGUUCCCACUCUCAUCUACACUGGAUUCCUUUCAAUGAAGAUCCCAAUCCCAAUCCUCAUUCAUCAGGACCCUCCACCCCUCUGAAAAACCAAAUCUAUUCCUUUUCACCUUCCAAGUCCUACAGUCGACAGUCCUCUUCUUCUGACACAGAUUUGAGUUUGACACCCAAAACUGCACUUUCCCCCCAGGGACCUAAGAUUUUCCUGUAUCCCAGCUCCCCCACACUAUCUUGUGAUUCCCCACAGCUUAAACAGCCCUGUCUCCUUCUCUCUGGGUCUAUCUCUAACCCUCUUCACACUAGCCAUGCCAACCCAAUUCUGAGGAAAAGUGUUUCUUUCACUGAAGAGCUGCUUCUGGCUGCUUCUGGAAUGGGCAGUGGGAGUGCUGGAAAAGAAGGGGGGCCAUUAAAAGGUCUGUUAAGACAGCAAACUCAGACGGCUUUGGAGCAAAGGGAAUUUCCUUUUUUUACUUUGACGGCCUUUCCUUCAGGCUUCCUUCUUCAUGUAGGCGGUGUUGUCAGUGCUCGCUCAGUGAAGCUCCUGGAUCGCAUUCACAAUCCUGGGAGUCCCCAAAGCCCUCUCUCCUUUAUAAAUGACCCAGAGACACGAGAUGCAUGGUGGGCUGAAAUACGACAAGAAAUAAAAUCCCAUGCAAAGGCACUGGGGUGUCAUGCUGUAGUGGGCUACAGUGAAUCAACUAGCAUUUGUGAAGAGGUCUGUAUUUUGUCUGCAUCUGGCACGGCAGCUGUACUGAACCCUAGGUUUCUCCAGGAUGGCAGCGCGGAAGUCUGUUUGGAACAAAGGUUGUCAUGGCAGCCUGGCUACUUUUCCAUAGGGUCAGAGAAGGGAGAGGUUGAUUUUUUUCCUCAAAACCAGGAUAGUUCUUCUCUAUUAGGGUUAGAGGAAACAUCACCUCUAGGUUGUGGCUUUUGCCACAUACCAUACGAUGAGCUCAACAUGCCAUUCCCUGCUCACCUCACUUACUGCUGCAACUGCAGGAAGCAAAAAGUCCCUGAUGUUCUUUUCACAACAAUAGAUUUGCCUGUGGAUGCACUGGUGGUUGGGAAAGGAUGUCUCAUUCAAGCCAGGUUGUGUCGGCUGAAAAAGAAAGCACAAGCUGAAGCAAAUGCAACUUCCAUCAGUAAUCUGCUGCCAUUUAUGGAAUAUGAAGUACACACUCAGCUGAUGAAUAAGCUAAAACUGAAGGGAAUGAAUGCUCUUUUUGGACUGAGGAUUCAGAUCACAGUAGGAGAAACAAUGCUAAUGGGUUUGGCAUCUGCCACAGGUGUAUACCUGACUGCUUUACCAUCUCCAGGUGGGAUUCAAAUUGCUGGGAAGACGCCGAAUGACGCCACUUAUGAACAACAUAUUUCGCACAUGCAGAAGAAGAUAAAUGAUACAAUAGCCAAAAAUAAGGAGCUUUAUGACAUUAACCCUCCAGAGGCACCUGAAGAAAUUAUAGGUUCGCCCAUUCCAGAACCAAGGCGUACUAGGGUGCUAAGAUCACAGUCUGAAAGUUCUGAUGAAAUUACAGAAUUGGACCUGUCACAUGGAAAAAAAGAUGCUUUCGUCUUGGAGAUUGAUGAUACAGAUGCAAUGGAAGAUGUUCACUCUUUAUUAACAGAUGUCCCUCCACCUUCAGGAUUUUAUAGCUGCAACACAGAAAUUAUGCCUGGUAUAAAUAACUGGACUUCUGAUAUACAGAUGUUCACAUCAGUGAGAGUCUCCAGACUUAAUAAUGUUACCCUAACAAACCAAACACUCAACAAGACCUUUAAUGAUCUCUGUGAGAAUCUGCUCAAGAGCCUGUAUUUUAAACUUCGAUCUAUGAUCCCUUGCUGUCUGUGCCAUGUAAAUUUUACAGUUGCUCUUCCAGAGGAUGAAUUAAUUCAGGUCACUGUUACAGCAGUUGCAAUAACAUUUGACAAACACCAAGCUUUGCAAGCAGCUAACACUCCUGCAGAAAAAACAUUACAAAGAGCUUCUACAGACAAUGAAGAACAGCUACAGUUUACCAUGGAGCUUUCUUCUGAUCCUCAUGCUCCCCAGCAAUUCUCGCCAGCAAAAGAGGACCUGGAGAAUGCAAGUUCCCACACAGCUGUCCAAAGAGCAACAUCAGUUGAUUACAGUUCCUUUGCAGACAGAUGCAACAGCUGGAUAGAAUUCAUUAAACUGAAAGCUCAGACCAUAAGGCGUGGAUCAAUUAAGACAACCAUUUCAUUCGACAAGCCAAGUCCAUUGACAGAAGGACAAACCCGUCGUUCUGGCCCAUCCGGCAUGAGUUCCACUGUGCCAGUUGUUAAGAUGACACCUCUUUCUUUCAUUGCUGGGGCAAAAAUAACCAAAUACCUUGGAAUAAUCAACAUGUUUUUUAUACGAGAAACCACUUCUUUGCGUGAGGAGGGCGGUGUAAGCGGUUUUCUGCAUGCAUUCAUUGCUGAGGUCUUUGCAAUGGUAAGGGCUCACGUGGCAGCUCUCGGGGGAAAUGCCGUUGUCUCUUACAUCAUGAAGCAGUGCGUGUUCAUGGAGAAUCCAAACAAAAAUCAGGCACAGUGCCUAAUAAAUGUCAGCGGAGAUGCAGUAAUCUUUAUACGUGAAUCGGAAUUGGAAGGGGCAGCAAACCAGCUCUCCACAAAUGGCUCUCAACCUACCAAUUCAAAAGAUGCCGUAAGCUACAACAUGAAGAAGUGAAAUGGCUUUAAUUAUACCUCGAGGUUAUCUUCAAAGUGUCAGAUGCCAUGGCUUUGAUUUGUUUCUUUUCAAUCAGCAACAAUCCUUAUAUUAAGGACUGUUCCGUUUUGAGGCAAUCAUAAAUACUGUCCGUCAGAUUUCGUAAGAGCCCCUGUGCACACAAAAGAACAACUGUCUAAAGGAAGAACUGAAAAUAGCAGAUGUUCAUCAGAACUGAAGUCAUCAGGAUAUCGCCCUGUAUAUUAUAGGGCCAGAACAAAAAAAUCUUAUCAGAAACAAAUGUUACUAAUUCUCAGAGGGGGGAAGAGGGGAUUUAUAUUACAACUGGAAUAUAGCUGAGAAGUUCAAAUCUCUCCAUGUGUUUUGAGAAAGGAAAAGCCAGUUCCAACAGCACUGCCAAAUAUGCAACGUGCAAAGUAAACAUAGCUUUUGGAACUAGUGACAAUCAUCGCCAACAUGAACUGGACAGACUGGAUGUAGCUGCAUGUUAAAAUAUUUUUUUUUCAUGUUUGUGAACUAUUGAAUAUUUUUGUAUUGUACAUUUUUUAUUUUAAAUUGUUAAAUAGAAUUAUGAUAAAAUAACUGGUUCAGAUAACUAUUGACAUUUUAUGUUAUUGGAACAAUAGCGGUAGAUCAAAAUCUGCUGUCUGAAGUCUGUGAAAUCCUAGCUGCGCCUGAAGAGGAAAUCAGGGCUUUGGAUUUCACAGGUUGCAAAUACAAGGAAACUUGGAGAAAGAGCAGUAUUCUAGAAAGGCCACCACUCACAGAUGGUGUUAAAUAUGGUACCUAGGAAGAUGAGGGUUGCUGCAGUAAACAGAGGAUUAGAGACACGCAGAGGGAUUUGAUAGAAUAUAACAGUCCAUAGAUCUGAGAAACUGCUAUUAACAGAUGCAAUCCUAGACACUUGCAUGCCUGGAUAGGGGAGAUAAAUGCAUGCUGAAGCAUGAAAUAUGUUUUGAAAGUUUCUGUGGCAGCAAUCACUUGGCUGAACAGGCAUGCCACUUUUAUUAAAACUGGCUUGCCUCUUCAACUGGUGAGUAGCUGUAGGAAGAACUUUGAAAACCUGUGGAUGCACUUCUUCCCUCACUCAUGGCCAUAUAGGAGCCCAGCUGAAGUGUUUUCGAUGGCCUCCCAUGUGGAACUUGAAGAAAAGUUGUAAACUUGAAUGUAAAUAGAUGACAUUUUGCUAGAUAUAGGUACAGAAAUUAUCUAUUUGUCCAAUUCAGAGAUUCCAUUGUAAAUGAGAAUGAUGAAAUCACAUUCCUAUUUGCAUAAUAAAGCUUCUUUCUUAAAAAAAAAAGAUAA